AGGGUUAGGGCACACAGGCUCAAUUUAAUUCAAGAGUCAAGUGGCCUGACAACACUUGGGGCACCCUGUGGUGAGUAAAUCUGAGGUGAAGAAGUCUGAGUCUGGAAUCACCUGUGUUCUUCAUUCUGCUCCGUUUGACACGGAGGCUGCAGAGGACUUGCUUAUGAGUACUUUUCUUUCCUCGAGUAAAGCUGUAUUCAGGAUUCACUUUUUUUUUUUUUUUUUAAAGAAGUAUUGACUUUAAACUGCAGUAACUUUUUUCAGAUUUUAACUUUUUGUAUACUUUAAUAUAGUUUGAACACAAAUCUGAAGUCUACCGUAACUCCGAACAGAAAAGGUAAUGUCAUAUACAUCUAAACUCCCUGCAUCCUGGAAUGAUGAGCGACCUCCUCGGAAAGUGGAGAUUGACCUGAGUUCCCCUGGAUUGGCAGUGUUUGAGCUGGAAAGGCUCUUGUUUACUGGCAAGGCCAUCAUCAGCCAUGCGAAUGAAGUCUGGCCGAGGCUUUAUAUUGGCGACCAAGACAGUGCAGAGAACAGGGCUGAUCUCUCCAUGCAUCGAAUCACUCACAUCCUAAACGCAGCCCACAGUAAACGUAGAGGACGGCCAGAAAUCUAUGAGGGGAUGAGGAUAACCUACAUGGGCAUAGAGGCUCACGACUCGUGUGGCUUCGACAUGAGUGUCAACUUCCAGGCAGCAGCAGACUUUAUCCAAAGUGCUCUCAGCAGAGGAGGCAAAGUGCUGGUGCAUUGUCAUGUGGGCGUGAGCCGUUCUGCAACCUUGGUCCUGGCUUACCUGAUGCUGAAGCAGAACCUGACUCUUGUGGAGGCUAUUUGUGCUGUGAAAGACAACCGGGGCGUGAUCCCUAAUCGAGGUUUCCUGCGACAGCUCAUCAAACUGGAUGGACAGCUCUUUGGCAAACAUCACUGAACCCUCUUUGAUGGAUUUAGCUUUCAUGGGUCCAGAACACAGGAAAAGACACAAUUUUUU